AUGAGCGGAGACUUCCCCACCCUCCAGGACGGCGUGCAGAAAGCCGUGAUGUCUACGGUGAAAUGCGUGAACGCGCUCGCAGCCGGCGACAUCGACUUCCAGCGGUCGUCGGACGGCGAGUUCGCGAGCGCGGCGGACGCGACCAGCGCGCGCAUCCUGGCGCUCGUCAACUCGCUGCUCAAGAAUGCCGCUGCCGGAUCAGAUAUUGAGCCCCCGACCCUCAGGGACGCGGACGAUGUGGACAACAAGUGGGGCGAUGUCGUCGAGGUCGUCGAUUAUCUGCUUGAGAGAGCGGAUACCUGCUUGGACGAAUACACCGGCGCAAUCAAGCAAAAGAAUCCCGAGCCGCUCCCGGGCGCGAAAAAUGCGAACCCCCGCCUAUCGCGCAGCCAGCAGAAAACGGUCGGCUUCCGAGCGACCGCAAACUCGCCGCAAUCGAGAAACCUGGCGAAGCCCCAACUGCUGUUCAACGUCAAGCCCGACAAUCUCAACGAUGCGCCGUUCAAACCGCUGCUUACCGAGAAGCCCCAUGCGAAGAUUCCGCUGGAGAAGAGCUUGGAGAUGUUUACGAACGAGCUGGGGAAUAAGCAGUACAUGCACCCCUACGUCGAGGAGAUAAAGACGAUGAAAUACCCAGACAGUAUUUUCCAGAUUAAGGAACCGCAGGAAUACCUUCCCUUCGAGGAGACGACGGCCAUACUCGUUGACACGCCGGAGGCGUUGGCGGAGAUGCUGGAGGAGCUGAAGAAGGCCACGGAGAUUGCUGUAGAUCUGGAGCAUCACGACCAGAGAUCGUACAUCGGAAUCGUGUGCCUUAUGCAGAUAAGCACGAGGGAGAAGGAUUGGAUUCUAGACACUCUUCAGUUGAGGGAAGACCUGCAGGUCCUGAACCAGGUGUUUGCAGACCCCAAUAUCAUCAAGGUUUUCCAUGGUGCCGCUAUGGACAUUAUCUGGCUACAGAGAGAUCUCGGACUGUAUGUUGUGGGUCUCUUCGACACGUACUGGGCCUGUCGUUCGCUCGGAUUCGCAGGCCACGGACUUGCAUUUCUUUUGAAGAAGUACAUUGAUUUCGAUGCCGACAAACAAUACCAGCUUGCUGAUUGGAGGCUUCGGCCUCUACCGGAAGAGAUGUUCAACUAUGCGAGAUCGGACACCCACUUCCUUCUGUACAUCUUUGACUGUGUACGGAACGAGCUGCUGGAGAGAUCAGAUCUGGAGGAUCCCGACAACAAAAUGGCCGACGUCCUAGAGAACUCCAAGAUCGUCGCUCUUCGCCUGUACGAAAAGGAGCCCUACGAUGCAGUUACGGGCCACGGACUACUCGGUUGGCGGAAUAUGCUCGGACGGUCUCAGGAAAACCUUAAUCCGAUGCAGGUCUCCGUCUUCAAAGCAGUACACGAAUGGCGGGACACCACAGCCCGCAUAGAAGAUGAAAGCCCCCACUUCGUCAUGCCCCGAAGCCAGCUAUUGAACCUUGCCCGCAAGAUGCCAGUGGAUGUUGCAGGCGUCCUUGGGUGUUGCCCUCGCACCUCUCCACCAGUCAGGAGCAAGGCGGGAGAGCUUGUCGUUGUCAUCAGGAAAGCAAAGGACACGCCAGAAGUCCGUGCGUGGCAGAAUUCCAGGGACGAGGCUCGGGCCGCCGAAGCCGCCGCAAAAGCCGCAAAAGCCGACGCCGCCGCCCAAGCAGCCCCUGCCACCACGGAGAGCGAGUCCACCACUGCCGCCGACCAAUCCCGUGUCAACAUCUUCACAGCCUCUUCCGACGAAGCGAAAGCGCUGCGAGAAGAAACAUCCAAGUUCUGGGGCGACUGCGACGACAGCAGUCGCUGGCAGCAAGAACAGACCUCGAGCACCAACGACUCCUCCACCCUCCGGCUCGCAGUGCCACUACCACAGCUAACGGCAGAAAUCUUCGUCUCGGAGGACAUGCCCCACCAGCCGCAGCAGACUCCCGCUGUCGAUCCUGGUGCCCGCGCUGAACACGAGUACGUCAAGAAUCGCCCGGCCAAGGAGGAGACAUCCGACGUCAUUGUCGUGCGCUCACUCGGUGGUGGCAGGAAGAGGAAAUUGGAUGAUGCUGCUAUUGGCGAGGUUGCGCAUGCGGACGCAACGGAAGAUGUGCAGGGCGAAAAGGGCGGAACCGAGUCUGUCAAUGGCGACGACCCCGCAUCCGCUGAUGCCCUCGAGCAGGGAGCUCUCAGAAAACGUAAGGCAAAUAAAGAGCGGAAAAAGAAAAAGAAGCUGGCACAGCAAGAGGAGGGGGAGGAGGAGGAUGCUCCGGUGGAAGGCGAAGAAGACGCCGCCGUUGAGAAACCCACCACCAAGCCGUUUGACUAUGCCAGCGCGCCGUCGGUCCUGAACCAGAAACGGGAAGAGGGCGGACGAGGCAAGAAGAAGGAAAAGAAGAAGAAGGCGUUCAAUCCGUACGCCGGAUCGGCGAAUGCCCCCAAGGGCUUGAGUAGGACGAAUCAGGAGAAAACGGGCAGGUCGGUUACGUUCAAGCGGUAGAUCUCUCUAGGUAUCUAGGUAUCUAUCUGAAAGGGUGACGGGGAAAGGAAAUGUGGUUAGAAUGGGAUCGGGUAUUCUUCUUGUAUAUGAAUGGCGCGUUGCUUUGGUUGUCGUCCACACCCUUUCUGCUGCCUGCAUCUACUGCAUCUACUGUAUGUCGUUGCGUGCUUAAUGACGUUGAGUUGAGGAUGGGAAUUGAGAAGGGGGGGGCCUUUCCCCUGACAUUCUGCUUCACCUGGUUGUUUCAUCCCGUCGGAGCUCGCAGCUCUAAAAUGACCGUGAAAUGU